AUGGAAAGUUUUGCAGUGUUAGGGUCGGAUUCAGAGGAUGAAAUGACUAAUAAACCGGAGUAUAUUCAAGCAUUGCGGGAUGUGCAGACUUUUGACGGAACGAUAAGUUUGUCCGUGGCAGAUCUUCCUCGCUUUCCUCCCGGACACAAGCCGAUUCCCAACCCUCAACAGAUACAAACAGCAACUCCGUCGCCUAAAAACACUCCGACAAUCCAGGCGAGCGAGAGCGGAAACUCUCGAAAGCUCUCGCACGAGAAUCAGCCCAACAAUCAGCUCAGUACCAAUCAGCCAAGUCAAAUGCCAAAAUCUGUCAGUAAUAAUACGACCCAGCCAGUAGUGCCAACUUCAACUGCAUGA